UGCCUAAGGAUUGGGUUGAAAACAGUCAUCAUGUAUAUUAAUGUAUGUUAAACUACUUCAGGACAGUCUACUAAGCACAACAUUCAGCGACAGUUGUCACACAGUCUGAAACCUGCGAUUGAUGAAGAGAGCUGAAUAUGGCAAAUAUGCAAAAUAGGGCCAAACAUGCUGCAACAUAUAUCAUGCAUAUACAUAUGCUGUACAUGCAUAUACUUAGAUUUUCAGACAGUCUUUUUGAAAGCUUAUUAAAAGACAUUAAUAUAUGCCAUGUUAUUUGGUGAAAAUUAUUAUUAUUUUUUUUUUUUGCAAAGCAGCAUCAUGUAAUAAAUUCUUUUUGUAUUUAAGAAGAAGCAUUAUUGAAAAAAAAAAAACUUGCUAAAAUAUGGUGUCUGUGUGCUGCUACAAAGCCUGUCAGAGGUGUUAGUCAGAUUUUGUGGGAGGUUUUCAAACUGCAUCUUUACAUAGUAACGUCACGUGCACAGACUCAAAGAGAAGGUCCGUCUUGACGUUUAGAUCUCAAAUGCAAAAUCAACAUUACAUUGAAGGAGAUGUUCUGGCGAUAGUAAAUCAUUCACGUACAUCUUUGAAAGACAGGUCUGUCAUCAAGUCUAGGCUGAGUUGUCUUUGAAUGCACCUUUAUUGCGCUCGCAAUCAUCAGAUUCAUUCAUUUGGGGAAGGGGUCCGAAGCACAGCUGUCAUUCUAAAAUGUUCUUAUGCAUGUUGCAUGCAGUUACACAAUUCCACCAGAGAGGUCUCCAAAUCCCCAGAGUGUACAUAGUGCAGCUUUAAAAUCUCAAAAAAUGUUCAACAAAAAGCAUUGAAUUUAAUUUUGAAACUUUUAUAGCAACGCUGUGCUCAGUUACCGCCUGAGAGGCUAUCCAGUGCUGAACACUCCCCUGACUCCAGCCUCUGUCUACCUCUACUUUUGAAUAUGGUUUUAUGUAAACUUGUUGUUUGUUCGUUUUAUAGUCAACAUUCCCAUAUCUUGUCACAAUACUGGCCAACAGAAUGAACAGUAAGCUUACGAGGGGCUCGUGAUCAGGAGAAAGAAUCAGUCCGUGACCCUUUGUUUAGUUCAGCAAUGCUCAGCCAAUGUUCUGUUUUUGUUUUGUUAAGAUGACUGUCAUCAUUGCUAAUGUGAUGCAAUGGGGAAUUAUUAUUUUUUUUUUUUAAAGUGGCUUUGCUGUAUGUAUACUUUUGGCAAAAGUCACCUGUAGAGUCCUGAAUUCUCACAUUACAAAUGGAAACAGGCUCAUUAAAUGUUGAUGCUCCCGGCACUGUCUUCUCAAUAAUUAAAGCAGCUGAGAAACCACUGAGGAGGGGGCUGCAGGUAGUAUGUUAAAACAAGUCAAAGAACAAGAAUAAAAAUAGUUUGUUUGUUUGUUUUUUUUGUUGUUGCUGUUGUAUUUUUCAAAUGGUGAGUGAACUAGUAGCUUAUAGAUGUUGAAAUAGAAAAAGCUUCCAUUUUUAAUACAUUAUUUUAAUUUUUUUAAUUUUGUCUUCUCUGUUGGCAUUUUUGCAGAUUUGACAAGAGAGGCCUUUAGAUUUGGCUUUUGAGUGAAGAAAAGUAAAAUUGUUUGACUUCUUUUCACAGCUGUUUGUGACUCUAAAAUGCAGGUUCUCAAUCCAUGUUUUUUGCAGUAACCUCAUGAGCGUAAUUUAUCCAACCAUUGACAGGUUGUGAUUACUUUAAGUGCCUGUUUAGUUUGCAGUUACAGGCCUGGAAUCAACUUUGUUCUUCUGUCCAUUCAUUAGCAGAGACGUAAGGUGCCAUUAGUGGGAAGAGCUGAAGAGAAUGAAACCAGUUUCACGUACCUUUUUCAGUUCAGCUGUGACUUUCAUCACAGGAAGCAGUGGUUGCUCAUCUUCCUUUUUCACCCGCCCAGUAGUGCAAUACACAAUGUGAGCAGUUGGGUUUAGUGUGUUUGUAUGUGGUGAAGAGCUCUUUCUUUUGCUGCUUUGAGGGUGGAGGCCCCCGUGUCAUUUAUCUUGAGCCACGUGCCACCUGUUGCAAGUACAACAGCCAAAACUACGCUUGUAAAGGAGCGUAUUAUUGAAGACCGUUGAAGGCGACUGUUACUCACCCUCAUUGUGAUUCACUUAGAGCUUCUAGAGAGACAUCAUGGAGACCGAGCCAGGUAUAGUGUCUCCAUUUAAGCGAGUGUUUCUGAAAGGGGAGAAAGGGAGAGAUAAGAAAGCUCAAGAGAAGUCCACAGAACGCAGGGCCCUACACACCUUCUCGCUUUCUGUGCCAGACCACCGCAUCGACCCAGAAAUCCUUCUCAACGAUUACAUUGAGAAAGAGGUCAAGUAUCUGGGCCAACUCACCUCUGUCCCGGGAUACCUCAACCCUUCAAGCCGCACUGAGGUUUUACAGCUUAUUGAUAAUGCCAGGAAGUCUCACCAGUUAGCAGGUCAGUUGACAUCGGAACAGGAUGCUGUGGUGAGUCUUUCAGCGUAUAAUGUGAAGCUGGUGUGGCGUGAUGGAGAGGACAUCAUCCUGAGAGUGCCCAUUCAUGAUAUUGCUGCUGUGUCUUAUAUACGAGACGACUCACUGCACCUAGUGGUGUUAAAAACAGCCCAAGAGCCUGGAGGCUCUCCUUGCCCCAGUACGUGUCCUGAGCUGUCAAAGUCGCCCACUCUGAGCUCUCUGUCAGAGAGUGGGGCUGUAGAGGUCUGCUGCCUACUCGUGCUGGCCGUUGAGAACAAGGCAGCGGCAGAGGAGCUCUGCCUGCUCCUCAGUCAGGUCUUCCAGAUAGUCUACACGGAAUCCACAAUCGACUUCCUGGACAGGGCCAUCUUUGAUGGUGCUAUAACACCCACAAGGCAUCUCUCCCUGUACAGUGAUGACUCUUCAAGCAAAGUAGACGAUAAAGAAGGAUUUGAAGGAGAACCAGGAACAUUCUUGUUUCAGAGCUCGCUGGAAGCAGCAGGACACUCCCCCUGUCCCUCCCCUUCAUCCACACCAGCCUCACCACAGGAUAAAACCGCUAGUGAGAGUGAACUAAGCACAACAGCAGCAGAAUUGCUCCAAGACUACAUGACUACGUUGAGAACAAAGUUGUCCUCUCAGGAGAUUCAGCAGUUUGCUACACACUUGCAUGAGUACAGGAAUGGCGCCUCCAUCCACGAGUUCUGCAUCAACUUGAGGCAGCUUUAUGGGGACAGCAGGAAGUUCCUCCUACUCGGCCUCAGGCCCUUCAUCCCAGAGAAGGACAGCCAGCACUUCGAGAACUUCCUUGAAACCAUAGGAGUGAAGGAUGGCCGCGGUAUCAUCACUGACAGCUUCGGCCGCUACAGACGCACGGCCAGCUCUGCCUCGGACUCUACCACUAAUGGAAAUGGGGCAGCAGGUGGCUCAGAUGAAGGAACGGCACACUCUGAGGGCGACGAGUGGGACCGCAUGAUCUCUGAUAUUAGCAAUGACAUUGAGGCGUUAGGGUGCAGUAUGGACCAGGACGGUGUGUCGCCCUGACAAAAGAACCCAGGGGCAGGAGCAAUCACCACUUGAUAUAAACCGACUGUUACAUGGCCCACCCGUCCAUGUCACUGUUUAUCAAAUAAUGCUGGAAUGUGGAUGCUUUGCCACUUAGGCUCGAUCCAGACUGUCAUGUAAUGGUGUGACCACAUUGCUAUCAUUCAAAUUGGAUGAUGGUGCUUUUUAAGACACUUGAAAUGCAUGAGGACUCCUUGUAACUGUGUGUGCCACAGUUAAUGUUUUUCUCAGUAUUUAUUGGCAGUAUCUGCUAUCGGUAAUGGGACGUUGCCUUUUUAUUCUGAUCUGAGACCAGCUUUUAGAUUUUGUUUAUGAUGGGUUUAGGACAUGUUUUAUGAAGUAGCUCUGCACUGCACAUUUUUGUGUUUUCCAUGUUCACUAUAACCUCAUGAAGGGCUUGGUAAUUAGCGGAUGAGUUGAGUCAUGUUUUGAGAGCAGGGAAAACACUGAAACAGGGUUCAUCCAUUCCAGUCCUGGAGGGCCAUCACAAUUUGGUAAUUUCUCUGCUUAAACACACCUACUAAGCCUGACAAUUACAAGAUGAGUUUAAGUAGGGAAAUCACCCCACUAUGGACACCAGCCCUCCAGGGCUUAAUCAUCAAACUGUGCUGGACUGAAAUGUACAUUAGUGGGGGUACUCCAGAACUGGUAAACAGUGGGUUAGGAUGGUGCUAUGAUUUGCAACUCUGCCCAGUGUUGUGAUUUUGCUAUAUUUAGGGAUGAAAGGUUUAAGUGACAGCAGUGAAUUUGCUUCUUCCUUACUGAUUCUGGCAAAAUUGGCAGAAACUGUGGACUCAACAGUAACGAGAAAUCACCCCAAACAGAAGCAAAGCAAAGUGUCAGCUGUGGUUCCUCUGAUUUUGGACAGAUGCGCUCAGCAGAUAGAGAAGGUUUCCAGAUAAUUGGGGUUAUGUUUUCUUUCAUUAUUAUAGUAAUACAUAGUAUUAUACUGUGAGAUUGGUAAAUUGAGCUUUGGGUUUUGUUUGUCUGAAUUUUUAGUAUUGAAUUGGACAUGCUGGUUUUGGUUCAUUCUAAAAAUGCAGCGUCUACCUGGAUCGAAGAGCAUAAACGAGUAGCUUUCCUAUAGUCCCUUUGGGAAGUCUCAUUCAGCCUUUAUGUGGAUCAGUGGUUUCCUGUGUCUCGUAACUUAAUGAUUUGACCGAAGUGCAGUAUAAUUUUUCUUUCCCAUUUUAGCUGAACUUGAAACUCGAUCCACCAAGUGCUUUUAUUUCUGGCCUUAUAUUAACUGUUUAAUGUAUGUGUUACUCUUAUUUUUAUUAUAUGACAUUUAAACACAUUUCACUAUUACAUUAUUACAACUAGUGCUGGUUGUAAUUACCAUUUGAUUGUUUAUGUGGAUUGCACCAGGUAGGCAAUGUAGCUCUCUCUAUAUAUAUAUAUAUAUAUAUUUUUGGUUUUGGCUGAAAACUUGGAGUGUUCGGAUCUUUGACGAGGCUAGUUUGCUGGCUGAGAAUUUACUGUUUUAUUACACUGCAGAACAAUCGAGUCUCGUCAUGUUUUAUCCUCCUCUGAGUUUUUAGUAGCCUGACAUUGUGCCUUGCAGAACAACUGCUUUAUUGUAUCAUCCAACAGGGAUGUAAGAAUCAUUCUGUAAUCUGUACAGACUGUGACUGAUGAGUUUUAUUAAAUAUUAUGUGCAGUA